CGCAUACGUGCGCAUAAGAAAUCGAGCUGCAAAAUGAAGCUUUACGCGUUUGCGAUCGUCGCGCUGCUGGCGAGCGCCUCCGCGGCCGAAGAAUCUCCGGCGGACGUCAUGGCUCGCAACAUCUUGGAAUGGAUACAGGGCAUCUAUCGCCAAGGAGUACGAAAAACUCGUCAGCAGGAGCAGCCGAACGCCUAUCUACCGCCCUACAGCACCCAACGUCCGCCCGAGAAACCUCGGCCUUUCCAGCCGGCCUCGACGCAGCCACCGGCUUUCUCCAACAAUCCGAGCCAGAACGAGGUCUCGGGCGCUUUUCCGGACUACGGCGGCGCACCGGCUUACUCUCCGCCGGCCACCGGUCAGCCGAAUUACAGUCCCAACAGCGGCGGUGGCUCCGGCUACCAGAGUCCGCCGCAGUACGGCGGCGGUUCGCCGACCUCCACGACCUACCUGCCUCCGCCGAGUCAGCCGCCGAGCUCCGGUGGCACCGGCUAUCCGUAUCCGUCGCCGGGCAACAGACCCACGCCCGGAUUCCCGACGCCCACGAGGCCGACGCCCGAGCCGCCGAGACCGACUGCCACCGGAUCGAUAUCGUACGAUACAGAUCCAACUCCGAGACCGGGAACGACACCGAAUCAACAACCAACAAAUGCUCAAGAACCUUCUUCGCCUUCGUCUCCUGCUCAGACACCUGCACCGACCCCCGGACCUACCGAGCCAACGCCGACCGAAGAAACCGAGGCGGGACCGGCCCCCGGACCUGGACCGGCUCCUGGACCUGAACCUGGACCCGCCCCCGGGCCUGAAACUGGCAAUGAAAUCGUUCCCGGCGGACCGAACAAAGAAAAAGAAGACGACGACGAAAAGCAUCCGCCUCACAUUCAUAGUUUGGAAGUGCAAUGUACGAAGACCAUGAUGACGAUCAAUAUCGAAUUCAAUCGUGCUUUCAACGGUGUGAUCUAUUCCAAGGGCUUUUACGCGAUGCCGCAAUGCCGAUACGUGCAAGAGAACUCGAACCAGAUCAAGUACACCUUCACCGUCAAUCUCGACUCUUGCGGCACGCAGUUCAUCAAUGAUUUCGCGGGCGAAGCCGGCCAAGCCUACCUGGAAAACGUCUUGGUCUUGCAAAACGAGCCGGGUAUACAGGAAGUGUGGGACACCGUGCGCUCGGUGCGCUGCCUGUGGGAGGGCAACAUCAACAAGGCGCUGAUGGUCAGUCUGUCGGUGGACAUGCUGAAUCAGGAGAUCGUGACGUUCAGCGGCGACACGGCCACGGCCAAGCUCGACAUCCAGGUGGGCAAGGGGCCGUUCGCGCCGGCCGCCAACGGCCUCGUGAAGAUCGGCGAGACGAUGACGCUGGUCGUGUCCGUGGAGGGCGAUCCGGGCUUCGAUUUGCAGGUGCGAGAUUGUAUCGCGAGGGACGAGUCGUCGACCAACAUCUACAAGCUGACGGACGAGCGCGGCUGCAUACUGAAGCCGAAGCUGUUCGGCGCCUUCCAGACGACCAAGGAGACGGGCAACACCGGCGCCUCGGUCAUCGCCUACGCCUUCUUCCAGGCUUUCAAGUUUCCCGACGUCAUGGAUCUGUUUAUCGAGUGCAACGUCGAGCUUUGCAAGACGAAUUGCGAGCCUUGUCCCGAGGCCAAUCAGCAAAUCGAACCCGGCCGAAAGAAGCGCUCGGUCUCGUACACCUAUCAGAACUGGACGAGGGAUCCCCAGGGCGAGUCGAUCCGCGUGGGCCAACGCUUCCGAGUCGUGUCGAGCGACGAUCUGCCCCAUCGUAAUUCCGGACCGGUCCUGCAGGUGCCCUACGACGAUGCCCCCAGCGACUACGAGGAUCAGCAACAGCAGCAGCAGCAGAUCUUGAGCCAGCUGCCGGCGACCACGAGCGGAACUAUGAGCGGUGGCAACGUCUGCCUGAGCUACGUCGGUUUUUACUCGGCCUCGGCCACCAUCCUCGUGGCGCUGGCCGUGAGCAGUCUCAGCGCCGUGCUGCUCUACUCGAAACUGCAACGGCUGAAGUACGAGAAGACCCUGGACAUGCCGAGGUGCUCGUGAAACAAUCGAAAAGGAGUAAAUUGCAAUUAUAAAGAAUAAAAAAAAAAACACAAAUUAGUAAUCUUAUAAAAUAACAACUAAUGAAUCGUGGAGCGUUGUAACGAUAAUUUACGUACGAGCUGUUUUGUAAAAACAAUGCGAGAUUCGUGAAUAAUUGUCAAAAAUUAUUGUAAUACGAAUGAAUUUUACGUUCGUGGCUCAAAAGAAUAUCACGUAUAUUAAUAAUACUCAUCGAGAAUUAUCUUUAUCAUGUAAUUACCGAAUUGUAGGUGUAUGUUACCGAUUGUUACAUGUUACCAAUAUGUACAUAUGUAUUAGAUCGACAGCAACUUUCCAGAGUAUGUGGGAGCUUCGCUUUGGACUGUUAGAUCGACGCAUUAUUAUUAAUUUGAUAAAAAAGUACGAGAAGAAAAUUUAAAAAAAAUGCAACUAUUUUCUACCUAUUUUAAAAUAAUAGUUACGAACAAUUAAGCAUUCCACAUGGGUUCUUUUACGAGUUUGAAUUUUUUCUUUGUAAUGGUACUGCAUCCAUCUAA